AUCGUUUCCGGGGACGAAAGCUUAAAACACCAUUUCCCACAAACCCUUGCGCCACUGACGGUUCACAAACCAAUAUGGCGGAAAGCAGCGGCGUGCACGGCGAAGUUAUAAACGAAAACAUACCCGUUUAUGAAUACACAGACGUGAGCUCCAAAGAGUUUCACAUCGGUGCGUUUAGAGAUUUAUACCUGAAUGCUUUGAAUCCAGAUGUGUAUUCGUACAGCGACCAUGGCCCAGAAGUACGAGACGUGCAGCUCAUUGAAGAUUUGGGAAUUGAUGCCGAGACCCUGGAGGAGCUGAAGAACAUAUGCAGUGUUGAUUCUCUAAAAGGUGAACAUGAAGACACGGACACCGUGCCAGCAGAUCCCCAGCUCGCCACGUUGAAAUUACGCAAGAGGAGGCAAGAUUAUAAAGACUCUUUAACCCGGGACCUCGUGGACAGACAUGAAGCUUAUAACAAUGAAAUGGAGAUGAUGUGUGUGGGUAAGAAGCCAGAUGACCCCGCGAACCUGGUGCCUGAGGGAGAGAUCAUCCUGACAUUUAAUGUGUUGUAUCCUGCGCUGUUCCAGCAUUUUAAGCAUGUGAGGGCAUAUCAGACCCUAAAUGUUUUGGGCUCCCAGAAGCUGAGUGAGCUCAGAGAUGCCAUCUGCUGUGUCAGUGAUCUGCAGGUGUUUGGAGAAUUCAGCAACAAUAUGGAUGCUGUGCCGCAAUACGUCAGUAAAGAUCAUUACAAGUCGGCUUUCUUUUUCUUCAAUGGCACUUUCUACAAUGACAUGCGCUUCCCAGAAUGCCGAGACAUCAGCACGACCACAAUAGAGUGGGCCAAAACCAGAGACUUCCCAGAUUUCAAAUCAGCUAAGAUGGAGGAUACGUGUUUCUACGACCUGAAGAUGAAAUUGGGAUUCCCGUUUUACUACACACACCAGGGUGACUGUGAACACGUUGUUGUCCUCACCGAUGUCAGACUGGUCCAUAAGGACGAUUGUUUGGAUCAGAAACUCUACCCGCUCAUCACUUACAAGCACAGGGUCGUGACCCGGAAGUGCUCAGUGUGUCAUACCUACAUCAGCAGAUGGGUUACUACUAAUGAUGCUUUGGCCCCUACAGACCCCUGUCUGUUUUGUGACCAGUGCUUUCGAUUGCUUCAUUACGAUGAUAAAAAUAACAAAAUAGGAGAUUUCCUGGCCUAUGCCUAUGUUGAUCCUGGCACCUUUAACUGAUUCUUGUCUUUAAGAGUAGAAGUGGUCUGCAGAUGCCUAAUGUCUUUGGAAAUAUAUUGUGACAUUUCCAUAAUGUUUAACAUGAUGUUCAACAAUGUUAACACGGAGAGCAUUUGUUCUGUUAAAUGGCACUGUACUUUAGCACUUUAUAUAAAAUUAUAUGAUGCAUUUAGUUUUUGAUGAUUGUAUGAAGUUCUCCUUUUUUUUCUUUUUUUUUAAUGACAAACACUUGAAAUAAAACUAAAACAUUUGCAAUAAAGACUGUGCAUAGACUCCUAUGAAGAUUUUCAUGUUUAUUGGAGAUCAGAGUUCUUCAAACUGUAUUACUUUAGUUAAUGUGUACUGAGAGGUUUGUGUUAAUGGUGUGAAAGGAUUCGUGAAGGGCAGCAUAAGACUGUAAUGCCAGUAAUGAUUCCACUUUUGUUCAUUCCUCUAUGAAAGUCUUCUUGAUUGAGUUUCAGAUGCUGUUAAACUGCACUAAGAGAAGCUCAAUGUCAUAUUAGUCUGUGUUUUGUACUGAUCUAAAUUUGUGUUUAUCAAGCUGUUACAUUCACCUGCAUCUGCUGAUAAAUCAAGAGUCCAAAAAAAUAAAGACAUGAAUGAAUGA